GACUGUCACAGAAGGUCUCUGAUCCUGCUCUUCUUCGCCAAUAUUUAUCAAUAACCUCAUUUUUGCUUUCCAAUGAACAUGUCAACGUGAGGGCUGGUUUCGGCAGGUGUCUUGCCUUCAUAGAAAAACAGAGCAUUGCAUGAUGCUGUGAAGCUGAACGUUGCUACUGACAAGGUGGGUACGUUUUGUUCGUUUGCUUUUUUGGGUGGCAACUUCAUUUUUUGGAGACAAACACGGACCAAGGUGGCCUCAGGUGGCUACAACACCUCCACUCAGACUCCACCCUGUCUGGAAUGCAGAAGAGGAUCGGCUUGCUGUGUCAUUGACCAGCAGCCCGUUUCCAUACAUGCUCGUUUGGUUUCCUCUAACGUUAUAUGUCUAUUAUCUUCACACGCGGAUGCUCUGGCUUGUUCACCGAGCUACACUGUUACGUUGUAGAGGUUACAGUGUCAGCUGGCACACACGGAUAUGUUGAGUUAUAAAAACAAUUCAACUGCCAAAAGAUCCAAGUUGACUUGCUCCCAGAUUCCGCGUUUGGUAAGUUUGACUUGACACACUGGAGUAGAGCUAAAACGAUUGGUCGAUAGACAGCUAAAUGAAUUGGCAACUACUGAUAAUCAAUUAAUAAUUAGAAUAGUAUUUCAAGUUAAAAUGCAAACCAUUUGUUUAGAACUUUUUACUUGUGAUGUUAGGGUGGGACAGCUUGUCAAAAUGACCCACUGUCCUUUUUUUGUUGAAAGAUGGAUUUAUUAUACAUGCAAUUUGCUGUAUUUAAAAAAAAAGGAAGAAGAUCUUUUUCAUUAUAUUGUUUCUUUUAUUUUCCUCAAAGGUGUGUGCAUAUUACAGAUGCAGAAUGCGGUGGUUUCUUAGCUCAACGCUCCACCAGCUGCGGUGUGUACGGUUAAGGUCAUGUACCAGGAGAGGAGGAAGGAACACGCUGCCUUUGUGGAUUAGGGCAAUAUGGGCUUACUUGAGACUGCUGGUACAGUCAUUGUACUUCAGCUCUCUUACAGACUCAGAUGUGGUUUUCGACUCAGUCUUUGAACCGAUAUUUUGGACUGUGGAUUAUGUCACACGCUGGUUCGGCACGAUGUUUGUUUUUCUGGUGGUGGUGCUGACAAGCUCCAUUUUGGUAAUAGUGUAUCUGAUCCUACUGCCUAUGAUCAUAAGCACAUACCCUCCUAUAUGGGUGGCUUGGCACCUUUGCUAUGGACACUGGAACCUCGUCAUGAUUGUUUUCCAUUACUACAAGGCCACCAAGACUGCCCCUGGGUACCCCCCUACAGAAAAAAAUGACAGUCCGUUUGUAUCGGUUUGCAAAAAAUGCAUCAUUCCCAAACCAGCAAGAACACACCACUGUGGUAUCUGUAACAGGUGCAUUCUGAAAAUGGACCAUCAUUGUCCCUGGCUGAAUAACUGCGUGGGCCAUUUAAACCACCGUUAUUUCUUCUCCUUCUGCCUCUCGCUGGCCUUGGGCUGCGUCUACUGUAGCAUCAGUGGACGGUACAUGUUCCUAGAUGCAUACAAUGCUCUUGAGCACUUCAAGCAUCUGGAUGUUGAAAAGUCAGGGGUACCAGUAACCGGGAUGGGAGUUCUUAUCGGGCUUCUCCCCCCUGGUCAGACCAACUAUCAGACAGCUGCACCGACGUACACCUUUAAGGAGAAGAUGAUUCAUAAGAGCAUCAUCUACAUGUGGGUGCUUACCAGCACUGUGUCAGUGACCCUGGGAUCUCUGACCAUGUGGCACGCAAUCCUCAUAUCCAGAGGAGAGACCAGCAUCGAAAGACACACUAACAGCAAAGAAACAAAGCGAAUGGCCAACCGAGGACGGAUAUACAAAAACCCUUUUAACUAUGGUAAGCUGAAUAACUGGAAGAUCUUCUUGGGCGUGGGAAAGACAAGUCACUGGUUGACACGCGUUCUCCUUCCAUCUGGACACACCCCACCUGGUGAUGGCUUGACAUGGGACGCCUUCCCUGUUAAAAAGGAUUUAAUACCAGUAUGAUAGACUUGACUCAGGCAAACUUGUAGCCUAAUAUCAGCAGUCUUUGCUGUGUCCAACUCACUCUGGUCUUUUGAUCUGGUUGGCGGUUAGGAUCCCUGCAAGGUGGCUCCAUACAGCUGAAGGAAUGAGGACAUAUCAGCCUCCAACACCUCAAUCACUUGCAGUGGGGUUGCUCAUGGUUCGGUCUAUAUUUUUUGCCAAUGAAAAGCCAAUAUGUCAUGGACGGUUAGUUCUUUACUGUGUUUGACCUAGUCUUACAAACAGGUCUUACUUGAGUCUGAGCAUUGUAACAACUGCAGUACCAUGAUGAUGUGUUAUUUAUCUGUCUUUUUUACCUGUUAAGUUAAAUAAAUCUUUAUAAAUUGCUUUGUUUAAACAA